AUGAAAUUUAGAUGUAGAAUGGUGGAUGCAGUUGCAAUGAGAGAUUUUACUAAUAUUGUUAACACUAUUUCUCGAAUAACAAAACAAUGUACCUUACGAUUAACAACGAACGAGUUAUGCUUCAGUGUGAGCGAUGAUCGAGCAUCGAUGGUUUCCGAAUUAAUUCAAACUCAUUUUUUUAUUGAAUAUAUCAUGAAUGGUGUCUCCGAAGAACAGAACGAAAUUUAUUUAGAAUUCGAUCCCUCUAUGCUUGCUCGAUCUUUAGGAUCUCUACGAAUGACCGCGAAAAGCGUUAAAAUCAAACUAACUAAUAAACGACAACCAUGCCUUACAUUAGAAAUUGAAUUGCCUUCUUUGAGCAUAGAAUCAAGACAAUGUUUACAUGAUGUACCUGUCAGAGUGAUACCACGUCGUGAAUGGACAGAACAUCAAACACCAAAUAUUCCUGAAUUUGAUAUUUCAGUUGAUAUGCCUCAACUUAAACAUGUAAGAAAUAUUGUAGAGAGAAUGAAGAACAUGAGUCCAUGUUUAACAUUAAGCGCUGAUAAAACUGGUACAUUUGUAUUAAAAAUUGAAACAGAUAGUGCCACAGUAUCUACACAUUUUCAAGAAUUGCAAGUUUGGAGUUGCAGUCAACAAAAUCAAGAUGAAGUAUCAGCUACUAUAGAUAUUAAAAAAUUUCUUAUGUUUUUAGCUUGGGAUAUUGUACAUCCUGAUGGUGUAAAAUGUAAUAUACUUCAAAACAGAAUGGUUAAUUUGUUUUUACAUUUAGCAGAUUAUCUUAAAAUAUAUUAUUUUCUUUCCUCGAUAACUAUUUAAAUUGUAUUAAUUUUAACAAUAUUUUAAUAUAAUAUAAAUUUUUUAUUUUUUACACAAUGCUGUUAUCUUUUAACACAAAAACAAUUGGUAUAAAAUGUACUUUUUGCAAGAUUUUUCAUUAUACAAUUAUAAAAAUUCGAUGGCUAAUAUUAAUUGUAUGCUAAACUGAAGCUUCGUUCAUUUUCUUGUCUAAAAUUUUUAUGCAUCUGUUCAAUCUGCUGUAUUUUUUGACUAAGUAAAGUUGUUUGUUGAUCUAACCAUUGCAAACUAUUCAUAUGUGCAUUCAAUAUUUUGCCAAUUUGAACGAUUGGGUCGCUAGAAUCUUGAGUGCGAUUAGCUUGAUUCAAGUGUUCAAUUAUUCUUUUAAAUCUUCCGACAUUCGUUUUAAUUGCGUAUCAAGAUCUUCUGCU